AUGUCGCAACCAGCUCCCACCCCGAGCUACAUCCCCGCAGAACAGCUGCAACAAGACGUCAGCGACAAGGACCACAACAGCAACUCGUCGCACCACUUCCAACGCGCGCACCGCAAGAAUGGUGAACUCGAGCUCGGUGUCACCGAGAUCCUUCAAGGCCGUAGCGAUGUACCCAGCGCCCAGGUAGCCCAGUCCGCCGGCCUGUCCAACUGGUCCGGUCGUGUGCGAUGGGAGCAGGCCGUGCCCCGACUCAUCCCUGCGCUGGUUGCCGAGUUCUUUGGAACCAUGUUCUAUUGCUUGGCCGGAGAGAUGGCCACUGCCGGCUACCUUGUGACGACCUACGGUGGUGCGCCGCAGGGCAAUUUGACCAUGAUCGGUUUUGCUUAUGCCUUUGGUAUCAUGUUUGCGAUCGUCGUUUGCGCUACCACGUCCGGUGGACAGUUCCACCCCGGUGUCACCAUCGCCCAGGUCGUGUUCAAAGGUUUCCCCGUCAAGCUGGCUCCGCUGUACAUCAUGGCGCAGCUCGUUGGUUCCACGGUGGCCUCGCUCAUCGUCAUUGGUUCGUGGCACGACGAGCUGAUGAAGAUUACGCACUUGCUCAAGGCGACGGGAAAGACGGCUGUGAUCUUCACUGCAGAGGGCCCUGCUGGUGCGAUUGCGCUAUUCCCCACACCGGGACGUUCGAUGGGAUCGAUCUUUAUCAACGAGUUUUUCGCGGAUGUGCUGGUCGGCAUGAUCAUCUGGGCCAACCUGGACGCCGCCAACCCGUUCACCGGUCCGCAGGUGGCGCCUUACACCAUCGGCCUCGGCUUCGCCAUGGUGGUGUGGUGCUUCUCUUCGUCCAACAUCGCUGCCAAUACGGCGCGUGACCUCGGCGCCCGCUUCGCCUGCGGCAUGUUCUGGGGCUCCGAAUGCUUCCCUGCCAAGUACUCGGCCCUGUCUGCCUUGACUAACAUCCCCGCCACCUUGAUCGGCGUCGGCAUCUACACGUUCUUCCUCUCGGACACGCGUCGCCCCCCAGCCACGGUGGCGCUCAACCACUUGCACGAGGACCACGUACGAUCCAUCGAGCGAGCCGAGACGCUGCAUGCAGAGAUGCUUGAUCAAAAGAUCGCCCAAACCAUCAGCCGCGGCGGCGACGCUUCGGCUCUUCAGAAGAAGCGCACCAACCUCAGCGUCAAGAACUUCUAA